GUGACGCAAGUCAAGAAACGGAACAUCUUAAGUUGCCUCAUAUUCCUCAAACAAGCACCUUCGAGCCAAAAAACGGUUUCCAUGGAGAAAAUGAGGCGGACUUUGAUGUGGGCAUGGCAACUGCUUUUUGUCCUCCUGCGGCUCGCUGCAUCUCUGGCAUCCGAGCAUACUAUCGUUUUUCCCCGGUUGUUGGAAAACAGAGCUGCUAACGGACAAAGAACUCUAGUUGUGAACGAUCACAUCACUUUGCAGCUGGCACCAAGCUCUGUCUUCGCUGAAGAAUUCACAGUUGACACACUGGAGGAGGGUUCCCCCGUUAAAUAUUACUUUCAAGGGGAAGAAUAUGAAAGAAACUUAUACCACGAUCGUCACCACAAGGCUUCGUUAACUGUAAAUACAGACAACGGCAUUCAGGUGGAAGGGCUAAUUGGAAGACAUUUACGCAUUAAACCAGCGAUUGGAGUCGAACGUUCAUUGGAUGGUCAGGUUGCUCAUAUGCUUUACAAAGUACAGCCAGGCGUCUCUCGUAUGCCUGAUGGAAAAGAGUCCGAGACCGCAAAUAGAUACCAUAGAGACAUUUUCGACGUUGAUGUAGAUCGUAACACAUCUUAUCCAGUGGAACGGAGUGAUGGAACGUAUGUAGCAGAGGUAUAUUUAGUGUUGGAUAAGUACUUUUCCAAGGUAUUUAAAUACAAGAAAGAAAGCAUUUUGGACUACAUAUCAAGAUUUAUAAACUCGGCUAACAUGUAUCUUAACUCAAUCGGUUCCAACUCAGUCACUGUAAAGAUCGUCGGACUGGAUAUCAGAAAGAAAAAGGAUACGUUUUUGAUGAGAAUGAAGGGGAGGAAAGAUAAACUCUUGGCCGACGAAACCCUGGAACAAUUUCGCAAUUCAUAUGGCAAGUCAAGAGAAUACAAGGAAUCUGACCUUUUCAUGUUGAUGACCAGACUUGACAUUGCUGAAGGAGAUGACAAGAGUUAUGAUGAAAGUGUCACGGGUUUCUCAAUGAUUGGGGGAGCUUGCACAAUCUAUAAAGCUGGCUUUUUCGAAGACGAACCUUACACGUACUACGGGGUGUACGCAUUUGUCCGAGAAGUUUCCCACCUACUUGGUAUUGUGGACGAUGGAAAGGAUCCUUAUGCUUGGAUUCCUGGCAACACUGGGGCAAAAAGUUGUUCUCCAAAAAGCGGCUACAUUAUGGGCACUCCGGAUGCCGCUGAUCCAAAUGUUCAGUACAAUCAUUAUUAUUAUUCUUCGUGCAGCUCAAGACAAUUUGAAACAUUCGUGAGGAAUCAAGAUUGCCUCACCAAGUUGAACUACAAAUCGCCGAAGACGAAUAUUACACGCGGAGUACUUCCUGAUAAGUACGACAUGAAACAUAUCUGCAAGAUUAUGCACGACGAUUACGAGAAUGUGGCAUAUAUUUCCAGCGUUGAAAGACUACAGAACUGCAGGUUUCGAUGCGCAUCUCCCAAAGAUUUUAGGAACCGGUCUGUUCAGUUCGAACAUUUUAUGGAAGAAGGAGCUCCGUGUGAUCAAAGCGGUCGCGGUGCUAAGGUAUGCCGCAAGGGCGUUUGUCAACGUAGAAGAUAAGCACUGUGCCACCACAGUCAACGGCCUUUGUUCCACAUGCAGAAGGCAUGAAUCUUCAAAUAAAUAUUAGGGUUCUGAAAUAAAACCAAUUUAAACUUA